AAGAUGGCUGUGGGCUACAAUGCCAAGGCAGAUGAAGCUGCCGUGCCGAAAUCAUCCUCAACCAUGCACAGCAACAAUCAAUCGCAAUCACUGCAUGGUGAUCCAGCACCCAAUCAUGUGGGGAAUCAAACACCCAGGGAGCUGAACGAUCUGUACCUACUGAUCGCAACCUUACAAGUGCGAAGUCUGAUGCGCCAGAUCAUCUCCAACCUGAUUGCCCGUGUGAUGCUGUUUGGUGAACUGGGUAGUCCGGAACAUGCGCUGUGUCCUGACUGCGUACUGUUGAUAUUGCUGUUUCGCUAUUACAUAUAA